AGUAAAGUCCAGAGGAACAAAAUGAAAUUAAUUAUUUGUGUUUUGUUUGCCAAUUUAUUUUUAUUAAGUUAUUCAAAAGCUCAAGAUGAAACUCCCCAAAAUAUUAAUAAACUUCUGAAUAAUCAAGUUGUUGUAAGCAGACAGAUAAUGUGCGUCUUAGACAAAGGUCCUUGUGAUAAGCUAGGACAGCAGCUUAAAGCUAGUUUGCCAGAAGUGAUUUCACGAAACUGUAAAAAUUGUACCAAGCAGCAAGCUCAAAAUGCUCAAAAACUAAUAAGUUUUCUUCAAUCACGCUAUCCAGACGUUUGGGGAAUGCUGUAUAGAAAAUAUAAACAAGAACAGAAGAAAUAAUUCUAUGCAUAAGAAAAUAUAUCAAUUUUAGCCAUAAUUAAUCUUACAUUCAUAAUAACUAAUGACCAUCUGCUUUGUUAGUAUUAUUGGAAAAUAAAAUCAUUACACUCUGCUAAUAGAUUAUAUCAAAAAUAUACAAUAAAUUUACUAAAACAAUUACUAAACUGUUUUAUUUUAAUUUUAAAAUACAUGACAAUUUCCUAUUUUUAUUACAC